AUCCUCUUUCCUCCUCCGUCUGUAGAUCUUGCAAAUUUCAGAAGACCCCAGAUUUCUUCCGUCCCCAGAAUCUAGGCUCUCUCAAAGUUUGACCAAGUUCUGUCUUUUUCUCUCUCAAAGUUGAUUACUUGGUUGUUAUAGAUGGUGGGUUUUGAAGGGAUUUGAAGAAUUUCUGGUGGGUUUUUGUGAUUUGGAUGAGAGAGAGGGUUGUUGGGGGGUGCACGUGUGUUGUGAUUCUGAGGAGGGAUUGUGGCUUGGUAAUUAGGAGCAGGUCUAGGUGGGGAAAAUGUGGCUGAUUAACUGAGGAAGUUCUUUUCUUGUUGAGUUUUCUUUCUGUUUCUAGGUACUUUUCCUUCUUUGAAAGAGGAUAAAAAAGAAAAGGAAGAUCUUUGAGGAAUCUAAUUUGGGGUUUAUGUUCAAGAUGCAGCAAGAUCAGUCAAAGAAGGACCUAAAAGACAUGGACUUUUUCACUGAAUAUGGGGAUGCCAACAGAUACAAAAUUCUGGAAGUUAUCGGGAAGGGAAGCUAUGGAGUUGUUUGUGCUGCUAUUGACACACAUACUCGAGAGAAAGUUGCAAUAAAGAAAAUACAAGAUGUUUUUGAGCAUGUAUCUGAUGCUAUUAGGAUCCUGCGAGAAGUCAAGCUGCUGAGGCUCCUUAGACAUCCUGAUAUUGUUGAAAUUAAACGCAUUAUGUUGCCACCUUCAAAAAGGGAGUUUAAAGACAUAUUUGUUGUUUUUGAGCUCAUGGAGUCUGAUCUUCACCAAGUCAUCAAAGCUAAUGAUGAUUUAACUCGUGAACAUCAUCAGUUUUUCCUUUACCAGAUGCUGCGUGCUCUGAAAUACAUGCAUACAGCUAAUGUGUACCACCGUGAUCUUAAACCGAAGAAUAUAUUGGCAAAUGCAAACUGCAAACUUAAAGUUUGUGACUUUGGGCUAGCAAGAGUUGCUUUUAGUGAUACUCCAACCACAGUUUUUUGGACGGAUUAUGUUGCUACAAGAUGGUAUAGAGCACCCGAGCUGUGUGGAUCUUUCUUUUCUAAGUAUACACCUGCUAUCGAUAUUUGGAGCAUUGGCUGCAUUUUUGCAGAGGUUUUGACAGGGAAGCCACUAUUUCCGGGUAAAAGUGUUGUUCAUCAAUUAGAUUUGAUCACUGAUCUUCUUGGGACACCUUCACUGGAAACAAUCUCCGGAGUCCGAAACGAAAAGGCAAGGAAGUACUUGACAGAAAUGCGGAAAAAGCAUCCUGUGCCAUUUGAACAGAAAUUUCCAAAUGCAGACCCCUUAGCGCUUCGGUUAUUGCAGAGGCUUUUAGCAUUUGAUCCUAAGGACAGGCCAACUGCGGAAGAGGCAUUGGCUGACCCCUACUUCAAGGGUUUAGCUAAAAUUGAGAGAGAACCUUCUUGUCAGCCAAUCUCCAAGUUGGAGUUUGAGUUCGAGAGGAGAAGGGUGACAAAAGAGGACAUUAGGGAGCUAAUAUACAGGGAGAUACUAGAAUACCACCCACAGCUGCUCAAAGAUUACAUGAAUGGAAACGAAAGCACCAAUUUUCUGUAUCCAAGUGCCAUAGGCCAGUUCAGAAAGCAGUUUGCAUAUCUUGAGGAAAAUGGUGGUAGAAGUGCUCCAGUUAUUCCUCUGGAGAGGAAACAUGUCUCUCUUCCAAGGCCUACAGUUCACUCAAAUCCGAUAUCUUCCAAUUGUCAGCCAACUUUGGUUUCAUAUAAUAACCGACAAGUUGCAGAAGAGGCUUCUAAAAAUAGAGUGAGCGAUUCAAUUUCUGGGAAUCCAUCUAAAAGUUCACGACCCCCACCAAGGGUGCCAACAGCAAAGCCGGGGAGAGUAGUUGGAUCUGUUGUGCCAUUUGACAAUAGCAGAAGCAUGAAAGAAACCUAUGAUGCGAGGCCUCCUCACCGAAAUACUGCCCUUGCACCACAGACAGUCUCUCCUCACUGUUUCUUCAGGGCCAACACCAUGAAUCAAGAGAAAUCCAGGUCAAAUGGUGACAUGGAUCCUUCACAACGCAAACCAAACCCCCAACAGUGCGACAUGCUAGUAAAAUCAAUGCCGAUAAUGCCUGUUGACAUCAACAGCCAUCCAUAUUAUCAACCACAAGCCAAGGCAGAUCAAAAUAAUGACCGGAUCCUCAUCGAUGCCAAACUUAUUCAGGCACAAUCCCAGUAUGGUGCAGCCAGUGCAGCGGCCGUUGCCAUAGCUGCACACAGAAACAUUGGCACUGUUCAGUAUGGAAUGUCCUAGCCCAGGUGUGACUAUGUAAUGGUUCAAUAAUCUGUACUAGAAUUGUAGGGCAGGUGAGGGUAAUUGGUAUUUCUUGUGUUUAGUCCUCAAUUUCUAAUCCAUGUCGUAAUGUAAUUAUAUGUUGUAUCAUUGAAUUUCUUAAGUGAAAUAAAUUGCUUUUAUUGAA